UUGUUCGUGUUAAUAAUAGGUUAAUCAUUCCUCCGGGAAAGGCGACGACCACUUUACGACCUCAUCAUCGUCAUCAUCAUCAUCAUCAUACUAUUACUUACUUACUAUCAUUGCUACUGUGCAUCUUUUUAUCGCUUUGCUUUUUCUCUUCUUUUUGUUGUGGUCGGAAGCCAAGGAAAGAAGAGAAAGUGAUGAUAGAAUAGUGUGUGGAAUUGUUUAUAAAGCUUUUGUUACCCACAAACAAAAGAGAAUGAGAAGACUGCAGGGAAUAAUCUAUGUAUGUAUGUUCAUUGGUUCUCUUCUCCAAAGCUUCUGUAUGGUGGUUUUUGAAUUUAUUGUGAAGAAGAUUUGAUCUGGGUAUUAUGAUCGAGUGUUAAAUUUUUUAUCUGCUGAUGUUGGGUAUUGAAUAAUUACCUCAAAAAUGUUGUUAGAAGGGGUAAAAGCUGAAGCAUAUUUAUUUCAUGUGAGGUAGGUGAUGUAAAGCUGGGACCAAGGAGGGAACAUCAAGGUGGGGAUCGGCGUACAAGCUUGUGGCCCCAUCUAUGGCCGACCAUUUUUUUCCCCAAUAGUGAAAUAUACCCUUCUGAAGAUUUGGAUGGACCAAAAUGCUUAUCAAUUUGUGAUGACACUGGCAAUUCAUUUAUGAUAUGGAAAAUAGCGGGAUUUGCACUACGAAUCUCAUGAUUGAGGAUUGCCAGGCGAAAACGUGUUGUAGUGUUUUUUCUUGCAGAUAGAUCUACGAUGAGCCAGCCAAAGAGUGUUUUCUUUGGUUUAAAGUGAAAAACUGUGUUUUUGGGUAGGAUCCAAUCAAGUGUAGGGCGGCGUCCAUGAGAGACUACUACACGUGCGGGAGGUCCAGGCCUUCCGCAGGCUGUUGACUAAUUUUUUUACUUAGUUUUUGGGGCUAAAACAGAGCUUGCUUGAUUGGAUUCAUCUAUCCAGCUGCAGGAAAAAAGGGAGAAUUUUGUACUAACAAUGUCUAACAUGACUGGUGAAGCGAGUUUCUCAUCUGGCAACAGAGGUGAUGUGAAUAUGUUAUCCACUGGAGCAGGGACAUCAUCAAACCCUUCCCAGCAGGCCCCAGUCAAGAGAAAACGAAAUCUCCCAGGGACACCAGACCCAGAAGCCGAAGUGGUGGCUCUGUCACCCAAAACUCUGAUGGCCACCAACAGAUUUGUGUGUGAAAUCUGUAACAAGGGCUUCCAGAGAGACCAAAACCUGCAACUCCAUAGGCGAGGGCAUAACCUACCAUGGAAGCUACGGCAAAGAACGAGCAAGGAGAUAAAGAAGAGGGUAUACAUAUGUCCCGAGACAUCGUGUGUGCAUCACCACCCAUCCAGAGCGCUGGGAGACCUGACUGGUAUUAAGAAACACUUCUGUCGAAAGCACGGCGAGAAGAAAUGGAAGUGCGAUAAGUGCUCCAAGCGAUACGCCGUCCAAUCGGACUGGAAAGCCCAUUCCAAGACCUGCGGCACCCGCGAGUACAGAUGCGACUGUGGGACUCUUUUCUCAAGGAGGGACAGCUUUAUAACCCACAGAGCAUUUUGCGAUGCACUGGCUGAGGAAAGCGCAAGACUAUCUGGUGGAAUUAAUGCAGGAGUUGGGCAGGUGCACAAUCAUUUGGGCAUUGUCCAGGGAGCUGGAGGGGCAGCUGCCUCAAUGUCUCACAUAAUGGGGGCUCCUCCUCCAUCGAGAUUUGGAGGAUUAAAUCCUUCAGAUGGCCAGUUCAAUCCAUCAGCCUACAGAGAGGCAUUCGGUACUAAUGCAGGACCCUCAGGAGGAGUGAACCCAAGAGCUAGGCUUCCAUUGUGGUUGGGACAAGGCACUGGAGAUCCACAGCCCUCAAAUUCUAUGGACGUUACAGCUUCAGGUUUCUUCAACAAAUCCAUGUUGGGAUCUUCAGAGUACGAUGAUUCCCAUGGAGCAAAGCCCCUACCAGCCUUAUUAACAAUGACAUCUUCUAACUCGGGAAGCCUCUAUUCCAAUCUAUUCACUUCGGGGUCCAUGAAUGCUGCUUCCUCAGCCCUGCAAAAUAAUGACAGCUAUGGAGGUAAUUGGACAGACAGAAGCUCGGGUAACGCUCGUCUUUCUCUGUCAACUUCCACAGGAUUGACAACCAAUUCUUCCUCAGUUACAAACAAUAUCAAUGAUGGAAGCAACCCUCCUAGCAGUGUGUAUCACGGUGGCCACAGUGCUCAGAUGUCUGCAACUGCUUUGCUUCAGAAAGCUGCUCAAAUGGGUGCAACCACUAGCAAUUCUUCCAUGAUUAGAGGCUUCGGUAUGCCUGGAUCGAAUAAUAAUACAGUGGGUUUGGGAUUGUUGUGGCAAGGAACACCCCCAGACCAGGAAAGAGGCCAUGGAACAGUAAACCUAAUGCUUAAUAAUACCUUCAAUGGAGCUCACAAUUGGAAUCCCUUUAUGAAAGGCUCUCUUGAGCAUAUGACAGAAGGGGGUGGAGGUGCGGGUGGGAGUGGGGGUUAUAAUCAGUCAAGCGCGAGAUCAGCAGAGAAUGCAGGUCUUAAUGAUCUGAUGAACUCUUUUUCUGGGAGUCCCAGUGGAGUAAGCUUGAAUGCCAUGCACUCCUCAUUCAGCUCAAGCAUGGCUGAUUCUGGAAACUUGUCGGCCUUGAAUAUGAUACCCACAAGACCCAAUACCAAGGAUGGCACAAGACAGAGCUUUCAAAUGGCAUCCAUGAUGAUGCAGGGAGGAAGCAAUCAGCCCAGAAAUGAAGAUGGGUCAGAAGAUGGAUUGACGAGAGAUUUUCUAGGCGUUGGAGGUAUUCAACUUGGAGGAAUGCAUGCAAGAACCUUCUCUCAGCGGGAUCACUUUGCAGCAGCCACUUUCACUUCCCUAGGAUCGGGAAUGGACAUGACUUCUUUUAGUACUCGAAGGGCAGAAAACAUUCACCCUAUUGGUGCAAAUCAUAGCCAAUCACCUGUGAGAUCAUGGGAUGCUACUUGAAAAGCUGCAUUACUAUCUUCCCAAAAGAUCAAAUGCUCAAACGGAAAAGGAAAGGACCAGUUCGACCAGCAUUCCCUCAACACGCUGCUCGCCGCUUCGACCAAGAUUUUCUUGCUGCUGUAAUGGUAAGUUCUUUAUUAUUACCAACUAAUGGUUUGAAAUUAAGUGGAAAGCUGAUGAGAAACGAGACUGUCAUAUUCCUGAAAAUGUUCACUGUAAAGUAGCAUCAUCCAUAGGCAGCAGCAUUACCUACUUAAAACAAUAAUAAUUCUCUUCAAUGGUUUUUUCUUAUUGAUUAAAUGCUGUGUUUUACUUAUUCAAUCUA